CUUCUCGUCGUCUUCUCAACAAUUGUUCGAGCCGCCACCACUGAUGUCCAAUACUGUGAGUAUGAAGUAAAAGUGAAAGAGGUUAAUAUAGCGCCUAAUCCUAUAGCUCGAGGCGAGCCAGCUACCUUUACCAUCUCUGCCAACACAUGGCGUGGGAUUACGGGUGGGAAGUUGGUGAUUGAAAUUACAUACUUUGGAUGGAACAUUCAUUCUGAGACUCAUGACCUUUGCUCUGAGACAACUUGUCCUGUUGAAACCGGAGACUUCUUGGUUGCACACUCUCAAGUUCUUCCUGGUUACACUCCUUCCAUGUUUCACUUGAUGCCGACGCCACAAGGAAGCUUUUACGUGUUCAACGAUAUAUUCAGGUUGAACUACGCCUGA